GAAAUGCAACGCCUGCUGGCUUGCUGCUUGCUGGCCACCACUCUAUCCAGGAUUGAUGUCCUUGCCCAGACCCUGAACCUAAGCCGAGCCAUCGAUGUGAAGAAGUUGGCCAAAAUAGUAGUGCCUCCGAAAUUUGAAACUCGUGUUGUUGGCGGUCGUGUCACUACAAAUGAGAAGCUGGGCGGCUAUCUAAUUGCACUGCGCUACGACAAGGAGUUCAUUUGUGGUGGCACACUGCUUCACGAACUCAUCGUCCUGACGGCUGCCCAUUGCUUUUCGGGUCGAGAGAAGAUCAAGGAAUGGGUGGCAGUUGGCGCCACCUCCAAGCUAAGUGAUAAAGGUAUUCAACGCAAAGUUAAGGAAGUCAUCAAGUCUGCUCAGUUUAGCGAAGAUGACAUGAACAUGGAUGUGGCCGUAGUGCGGCUGAAAAGCCCCAUGAAGGGCAAAAAAAUUGGAAAACUAUCACUGUGCUCCACUUACCUGAAACCGGGUCUGGAACUAGUGGUUUCUGGCUGGGGAAUGACCGAUCCCAAUGGUCUUCGCCCGCAGAACCUAUUGCGCACAAUUACAGUGCCAAUUUUAGAUAAGAGGCUUUGUCGAUCUUCCUAUUGGCCAGCGGUUAAUAUAACAGACAGCAUGUUUUGCGCCGGAGUGCUGGGGAAGAAGGAUGCCUGCACAUUUGACUCCGGCGGUCCGCUGGUUUACAAGAAGCAAAUCUGUGGGAUCGUGUCCUUUGGAAUCGGGUGUGCCAGCAGACGUUAUUCCGGCGUCUACACGGAUGUCAUGUACGUAAAGCCCUUUAUCGAGAAGAGCAUUAAGGUGUUGUUGGCGAAAAGUUGAAUAAAUUGUACAAACUA